AUGGACCAAAUACACACCCGGGCCCUCGAAGCCCUCCAACCAUUCAUCCACCUCGCCACCUCCAACAGCGCGACCUCCCCACGCUUCAUCACAAACCUAAUCACCAACGCGACCUCCAACCCAAACACCUACGUAUUCGCCGAACUCCUCACCACCCCAGCCAUCCAAUCCCUCCGGGACCCCAACACCCCAGCCGAAUAUGCAAGCUACCUGACUCUGCUAGAGAUCUUUGCCUGGGGCACAUGGCAAGACUAUCAAUCAACACCCAACCUCCCCCCCCUCAACGACGCCCAAACACUCAAACUUCGACUCCUCUCCCUCCUCACCCUCUCGACAACCACCACCCCGCUAACCUACAGCUCCCUCAUGACGGACCUAAACAUCACACAACCCUCGGAGCUCGAAUCCCUCGUCACAAAAGCCAUCUACGCCUCGCUGAUCACCGCCCGUCUAUCGCCCGCUUCCACCCCGCCCACGGUGAAUGUCACUUCCGUGGCGCCGCUCCGGGACGUGAAGCCCGAGUCGCUGGGCAAGAUGAUCGAUAUUCUGACGGCGUGGGAGACGCGCUGUGGGGAUGUGAUUGGGGAUAUUGAGGCCGAGAUAUUGCGGAUUAAGACGGAUUCAGCGAGACGGAGGGCGGAGGAGCGGGAGAAGGAGGUGUUGUUUGAGAAGGCGCUUGCCGGGUGGGGGGCUAAGAUGGAGGAGAAGAAGGUUGGUGGUGGUGGCGGGGGGUGGCAGCAGGGUGGCAGGGGUGGUGGGGUGAUUGGGGGGAAUAAGAGAGAGUUUGCGGCGGAUGAGUUUGAUGAUGAUGAUGGAUAUUGGGAGCAUGGGCUUGAAGGAGGGGAUGGGAUGGGGGGAUCCAGGAUGGAUAUUGAUGAUGGGGCUGGAGUGCGGUUGGGUGGUGGUGGUGGAAGUGCUUCUUCGGGACCGGCUAGACAUCCUAAGCGGGUGUUGGGGAAGAAGUCAUAG